GCAGGUAUCCACUAAGGUUAGCAUGCAAGCUAAACACGUCUGCUCUGUGUUAUCCAGAUAUCACUAAGGUUAGCAUGCAAGCUAAACACGUCUGCUCUGUGUUAUCCAUAUAUCACUAAGGUUAGCAUGCAAGCUAAACACGUCUGCUCUGUGUUAUCCAGAUAUCACUAAGGUUAGCAUGCAAGCUAAACACGUCUGCUCUGUGUUAGCAGAUAUCACUACGCAAGGUUAACAUGCAAGCCAGCUAGCCCCGGGCCAGCUCUCUUGUAAUAUAGGGCCGUGCCUGCACUCUUGUAAUACCACUGUGCACCAUGUGUGGUGCUGUACUACACAUAAAUACAAUGCAAGUCAUUGGAACAGUGCUGUCUCAAUUGUAAUGUAAAGAAUUUUACAAAUCUCCUUUAAGGUGGGUGUGGUGUGGAUGAGGUGGAGUUGAGUUGAUGUUGUAGUUGAGCUUGAACAUGGCCUUUAUGGGUCUCCCUCUCCCACAGUCACCAUGGACAUCAUCUCGACCUUGCUGGACGUGGCAGAGAAGCUGUACUCGCAGUGUCAGAAGGUGCAGGACAACAAGGACCAGUGCGGCCGCCUGGGCGGGUUUGUGUCCUCCCUGAAGGACGUCCUGCAGAGUUUGCUGGGGCAGGACCCCAGCCGCCGGCCUCCGGACCUAGACGCGCGUUUGGCCAAUCUCGGGACGUGCUUCGAGGACGCGGAGCAGCUGGUCGUCAAGUACGGCAGCACCAGUAGCCUGAGCAAGUUUUUCCAUGCCAAGGCCAUGGAUGAAGAGUUCCAGGGGGUGUUCAAGCGUCUCGAAGACCUGCGCCAGCUGCUCUCGUUGUCUCUGCAGGUGGAGCAGAGGGGCCAGGUGCAGUCCAUGCACAACGUCGUCAACAGGGCGGAGGACAAGAUCGACUUGCUCCACGAGAAAAUGGACAAACUAAUACAAAAUAAAGAGGUGAAAGCAGGACCUGAGACUCUGACCCCUGUGGCUUCCUCACUGGAUGCAGCGGCGGCGCUGGGUGCGGUCCGCAGCAGGUUCGUGGAGAAGGCGAGUCUGCCCCUGCUGAAGCAGCUGCUGGACGAGCUCCAGACGGCGCGCGUGCUAAACUCCGAGGAGGCGGAGUCUGUGCUGGAGGAGCAGUCGGCCCGAGCUGACCGCGCCCGCUGCCUCAUCGACACCGUGCGCAAGAAGGGCCGCCGCGCCAGCGAGACCAUGAUCACACACCUGAGGGACAAGGACCCUGAACUGGCCCAGACCCUGGGGCUUGCCUGAGGGGGGGGGGGGGGGGGUGCAAGGGCUGGACCACGCUGGUGUGAGCAGAACACAAAGAACUAUUGCUGAAAAAGGAACUCCAAUGGUGUCACAUGACCAAGGACUCCACCAGAAUGUUAUCUGCUUUAAAAGCACUUUUGUGACCAAAACCUGUGGGUGUGCUGCUGCCAAAUUAAUUUUGACCAGUAGGUGGCUCCACCGUCACUGGGCUGUUUGUCAUAAACAGUGUCUAUUUUUGUGCUACCUACAUAUUUUAUAUGUUUACAAAUAUAUCUUCUUUUGCCA